UUUAUCCACCUUUUGCACGCUCCCUUGUUAGGGUUUUAGCUUUCGACAUGCGUUUCUGCCUUCUGUGGUCUGUAGCCAUGGUUCGUCUUCGCAGCUGAUCACCCUCGGUGCGUUGCCUCGUUUUCAUGGCGAUGGCUACACUCUCUCUCGUGCUCGUCCGCGUCGACUCCUUUCCCGCCAGUGUUUAAGUGCUCUUGCCGCAUCGGCAUGAAGGAUUUAUUGGUCGAGCUUGUUUUUUCUUCACUGCCGAUGUCUCUCUUGCGAGGUGGUUUAUGAUUGUUCUUCUUAAGUUUUAUCUGGAAAUUUUCAAUCAAAACAAACUUUACAAAGUGUUUAAAUACGACUUUGUCGGACUUUGGGAAGGAGUGAAGUUGGAGUUGAUGUAUUUGCGGACCUGGGGUGAGGCGGUUGCGGGGCGGGGAAGGAUCCAAGGAAUGUGGCAGCUGCCAAUGCUUGUGACUCUCUAACUUACGGGAGAUUAUCGAGGUUUGGCGUGGACACAUCUGCAGCAUCAGUGGAGCGAACAACAUAUGGUCUGUGCUCAUUACAAUCAACACACGACUUUGUUGAGCGAUCAUUUCUGAGAGGACAAGAUGGUGAGAUUGUCAGCUGAUUUAAUUCUGCGCUCGCCUCAGUACUUCAAUGCGGUUCGAGAAAGAGAGGUCGACCUUCGUGAUUUUCACCUCUUUUCAGGAAAUAAAAUUGGGGUCAUUGAAAACCUUGGAGCUAUAGAGGACCAAUAUGCGAGCAUCGAUUUAUCUGACAAUGAGAUAGUAAAGCUUGAGGGCUUUCCACAUUUGAAGCGCCUGACAACUCUGCUUCUGAACAAUAAUAGAAUAGCACGCAUCAACCCUAAUAUUGGAGCGGCAUUGCCCAAUCUGGAAACGUUAGUUCUCACAAACAAUCGACUUUCGAACUUGGUGGACCUUGACCAUCUUGCGACACUUAAAAAUCUACAGAAUUUGUGCCUGCUGGAUAAUGUAGUCACAAAGAGGCCGAAUUACCGAUUACAUCUAAUUUACAAGCUACCCAAGCUUCGACUCAUUGAUUUUAAAAAGGUUAAGUUGAAGGAAAGAGAGGAGGCCAAGAAGUUGUUUGCAACUGAAAAUGGUCCACCCAGCAAAGCACUUCCUCCACCUCCUGCAAAAACCUUUAUACCUGGGGAAAUUCCCAGCGAUGAUAUUCCUGAGUCGAUUCCUGCUGAGGUUGAGGAGCCUUCUCAGAAAGGGCCCACUCCAGAGCAGAUAGUAGCUAUCAAGACUGCCAUUGCAAAUUCUCAGACACUCGAAGAAGUUGCCAGGCUGGAAAAGGCCCUCAAGCUAGGGCAACUACCCUCUGACAUUGAACUCCCUGGAGUCAAUGCUUCAGAAAACCGUAUUAUGGACUCCAGCGUUAGUCAUUCGUCAAGUUCAAAGCAAUCUGAAGGGACUAGUGCAAUGGAAGAGGAUUAAGUACGAAGGAGGUUCUUAUAGCUGUCUAUGUAUCUGCAUUGGACCUUCAUGUUCAGCAAUUUUGUGGCUAGCCGGGUCCAGUUCACCUUUUAUUAAGAAGUAAAGUCAGUAAUCCGGCUUGCUGUAGGGUGAACGGGGAUUCUGUAAUUGUGAGGCAAGAUCCGAUCGGUGCUGAUCACUUUUCGUUCACUGAAGGUGCUCUUGUUUGGUGUCUCUGGAACUAGCAGCUGUUGAGAGGCUUGGAAAUGUUGCAAGGCUCCAAGAUAACUUGGAUAUACAUGUUAUCUGACUUUUUCCUGCUAGUAGUGAUUUUGGGACGUUCUAAAAUGACGUCCCCAAAAUCAACAGCACAGGUCAUCAACCGAGUUUGAUAUAAAGAUCUCAAUGUACGUUUAGAUCAUCUUCAGGCAUGUGAUGUACUUCAAAGCAGAAUGAUACUAUUUAGAAUGUAAGAGCUCAACUCAGCUUACUGCCUGUAUAUUCAAUUUUAGUGAAGUGUAUCUUCAUUAGCUGAUGAAUGCGAAAUUAUUGAUCAUCCAUA